AUGGCCGAAGACAUGGUUCAUCUGUUUGAUAGGACUAUUGGGGAGAGUACUCGAGUCAUUGCACCUAAUAGGGGCUCGGCUAUUCGUCCUCCAACCACCGCUCCAAAUUUCAAUGUCAAGGGUAAUCAUUUGUCUCAGGUUGAGGAAAAUCAGUUUGACGGGGUUGUUAAGUGGGAUCCGUAUGAUCAUGUGGAGAAGUUUGAAAAGGUUUGUCGAUUGUUCAAGUAUGGGGAGACUCAAAUGCCACAUGUUAAGCUUGAAUUGUUUCCGUUGUCUCUCACGGGAGAGGCGGCAAAUUGGUAUAAGAAUCUCGAUGAAAACAUAUUUGAGAAAUGGGAAGAGUUGAGGGAAGGAUUCAUUGAGCGGUUCUUUCCGUCUCAAUUGGUUGAAACAAUGAAGUUGGAGAUUCAGGCGUUUAAGCAACUUAGUGGUGAGGAUUUGGUAGAUGCUUGGAAAAGAUUAAAGGAGUUGAUGAGGAUAUGUCCCGGGCAUGGUAUUCGAUUGAAUGACCACAUUCUUAUUUUCUUCCGGGGUUUGGAUAGCCGUACUCAAAGGCAAUUGGAUUGGGCUUGUAGAGGUAACAUUAAUAAUGUCACUUACAACGAAGCCUAUAAGAUUAUGGAAGAUAUGGUUCGUACAAGUGUGAUUCGAGAAGCGGGUAGGACUAAACCGGAUCUUGUGAAAACGGGAAGAAGAAGUGUGGCUCGGGUUGAUAAUGGUGGAAGUAAUGAUGUUGUGGGUGAAAUUAAGGCUUUGGCAAGUCACAUGGAUAAGCAAUUUGCAAGUAUGGAUGGUAGGUUCGGGUUGAUUGAAAAGGAUUUGAAGACGGCGGUUGCGGGUUGUGAUAUUUGUGGUGAUAAGCAUUACACGGAAGAUUGUGAUAAAACACCACGGAAUGAGGAAGUUGAUUAUGUUCAAAAUCAAUAUCAACCACCGUUUGCAAAUCGAGGGCUAUUUCUAAGGAAUGGAGCUUAUCAAAACCGGUACCAAGGUAAUUCUAAUUCUAAUUUUAAUUCUAAUGGUGCAGGAAAUUAUAGGUCCACAUUGGGAGCUUCAUGGCAAGGAAGAAAUCAAGGAGGGCCUUCGGUUCAACUGGUUGAAGUUCUUGAUCCUAAUGCCGAGCUUAGGGAUCUUGUGAAGAAGUUUAUGGUUGAUCAAGACAAGAAGAAUGAGAACUACCAAACCGAUAUCAUCGCUUUGAAUGAUAAGAUGAAUCAAAAUAUCAAAAGUCAACAAGCGGCGAUCAAGGAUUUAGGAGUUAGGCUUGAUAGAAUGGGUAAUUCUAAUCGUCAACAAGGAUCUUUGCCAAGUAAUACCCAAAAAAAUCCUAAUCUUUCCGGUUCAAAUGAUGGAAGUAAUAAGUAUCAACACCCGAAUGUUGAUAGUGAGGACGAAGAAGAUGAACAAGUUGAUGAAGAGAUUGUAGUGGAGUCGGACCAAGCCGUGAAACCACCGGUCGUUCCACUUACAUCUACCACACCGGUAGCUAAACCGACAGUUGUUGAGCCUCAAGUCAAGCCAUAUAAGCCUAAGAUUCCUUUCCCUCAAAGAUUGAAGAUGGAUAAACUCAAGGAACAAUACGGGAUGUCGAAUUAUGCCAAGUUCAUUAUGGAUCUUGUAACGGAUAAGAGGAAGCUAGAGGAAGCUAAGUCUACUUUCCUAAAUGCGGAGUCCGAUAUUGGUGCAAGCAUUAAUUUAAUGCCUUUUUCAGUUUAUAGGCGAUUGUCUUUAGCAGCGUUAAAGCCAACUCGGAUGAGCAUUAGGCUCGCCGAUCAUUCAUUUCAGUACCCUAUGGGGAUUGCUGAAAAUUUGUGUGUUAAAGUAGGCCAUAUUGUCUUUUUGGCCGAUUUUGUUAUUCUUGAGAUGGAAGAGGAUGCCAAGGUUCCUCUUAUCUUAGGCCGACCUUUCUUGUAUACGGCCGAUGCCAUCAUUCGUGUUAAGGAUAAGAUUAUUUCGUUGGAAGAUGAAGCUUUGGAAAUGGAAUUGAUGAACUUCUUGGACACGGAUGAAGGAGAAGCUUUGCUAGCUUGUAGUGAAGAGGAGCAAGUGAUGGUUGCGGACAUGGUAUGA